GCCCCCCUGUCGGACCGUUGGAGAGAGAUUGAAAGAGACAAUUUCAAGUCCGGAUGUUUGCUCAUCUGUCUCGUUUAUUCGUUUGUUAUGUAAUUGUUUGUGUUAAGUGAUAUCACACGGGGCUAAAUUGUUAAAGUGUCCGGCAGUGGACUUACUGGACACCGGUGCAGCUGGUGCUGCUGCUGCUGCUGCUUGUGGAUCCUGGCUUGCGGUGGGGCUGAUAUCACACACAAGGACAAAAUGAUCUAGGUGUUAGCUCAGAUAGUAAACAAAAAGUUUCCAGAGAGAAGAGACGAGACACGCACCUGUUUGGACAGUUUUACCAUCACACAUGUGUUGUUGACGAUAGUUUUAACAUGUCGACUCAGCACCAGCCGGCUUUCCCGAUCCAACAACAGCAACCCAAUCUGAACUCUGCUCCUUCUCUGCUCCCACAAUGUUUUGUGAAACCCUUUCACAACCCUCUGCAAAUCAAGAGGAAUGUAAUAACAGACGAUUACAAUGUAACAAAUCAGGUGCUCGGGAUGGGCAUUAAUGGCAGAGUGUUGGAAAUAUUCCACAAAGAGAGUGGAGAAAAGUUUGCACUAAAGAUGCUGCAGGAUUGUCCAGAAGCCAGACGGGAGGUGGAGCUUCAUUGGAGGGUGUCACCUUGUUCCCACAUUGUACCCAUCAUAGAUGUUUAUGAAAAUCUAUACCAGGGCAGGAAGUGUCUUCUCAUCGUGAUGGAGUGCAUGGAUGGAGGUGAAUUAUUCAGUCAUAUCCAAGACAGAGGGAAUCAUGCUUUUACAGAAAGAGAGGCCUCUGACAUCAUGAAAAGUAUUGGAGAAGCAACACAUUUCUUGCAUACCAUCAACAUUGCUCACAGAGACAUCAAGCCAGAAAACCUGCUGUACACCUCUAAAAGGCCAGAUGCUCUCCUCAAGCUGACGGAUUUUGGGUUUGCCAAAGAAAUCACCACAUUAAACUCUUUAGCAACACCGUGUUUCACCCCAUACUAUGUUGCUCCAGAAGUUCUUGGUCCAGAGAAGUAUGACAGGUCCUGUGACAUGUGGUCUCUGGGUGUCAUUAUGUAUAUCCUACUUUGUGGAUAUCCUCCCUUUUUCUCACAUCAUGGUUUGGCAAUUUCCCCGGGAAUGAAAAGAAGGAUCCUCAACGGACAAUAUGAGUUCCCCAACCCGGAGUGGUCCGACGUGUCUGAGGAAGCCAAACAGCUGAUCUGCCACUUAUUAAAAACUGAGCCCACCCAGAGAAUGAGCAUCACCGAGUUCAUAAAUCACCCCUGGAUUAAUCAGUCAGUCGAGGUCCCACAAACGCCUCUUCACACCAGCCGCGUGCUGCACGAGGAGCAAGAUGUCUGGGAGAAGGUUAAAGAGGAAAUGACAAAUGCCCUGCAAACGAUGAGAGUGGACUAUGAUCAAAUUAAAAUCAAAACUAUUGAAGACUCAACUAAUCCUCUACUCUUGAAGAGAAGAAAGAAAACCAAAAAAAUAUCAUCAGCCACACAACCUCCGUGCUAGUGACGUGAACGCUUUUAAAGAGGUAUUCUUAGUGGUAUGUAUCUGUUUACCUCAAAUUAUUUUAUUUUAAAACAUGAAAUGCACCGAGGCAUUUUGGGAAAUGUGCUUUAACUGAGCUAUAUGUAAGAAUUGGCCACAAUUAAUUAAGGGGCAGCAUAUUACAAGUCAAGUGCACCUGUAAGCAACAAGGAAAUGCACACAGGCUCUCCCAUAGGUCUUUUCCAGCUAAUGUAGAAAGCAUAUUAACACUGUCAGUAACGUCAUACAAUUGGCUAUAUUCAUAAGCUCUUGCUAAGCCAAUGUUAGCAUCAACGUCAGCAAUCUAGAAGAAACGCUGUGAGUUCAGCACCAAACUUCAUCCCGUUACUCGUCAACGGCUGCCUCUAGCGGUGGAAAACAAUGUCAGAGUUAACUCUUGUUUCGCUUCAAUUUCUAACACUUCUGCUAAACGUGGGUUCUUGUCCUCAGGGCAGCGCUACUCUUCAUUCUCUCUUGUUAGUCUGAGGGCAGACUGGAUGUUACAGUAACUGUGAAAGUGGUGAUACAAGAGAGAAUGGCCCGGGCCUAGCUGGUUAGCAUGCUAACUUGAAUAGAUAUCUACAUCGAUGUCUUUGACGUCAAAACUGUUAUUUCUUCACAUUCUGUCGAUAAUUUUAGUAGAAUUCUUACUUCUAGCUCCUUUAAGGACUUUUGAACUAUUUUUUGGCAUUGCAAAGUGAAUGUGCACUAAGCUUAUUUAUAAAUCUACUGUAUGUGUUGUAUAACGGGACAGUUUUUAUUAUUCUGUACAUACUCAGUGAGUCAUUCGAGUGAGCUUUGUUAGUGUUGGCUACAGCAGUAGUCUCUUUAGUUUUUAUUUUUUGAAAACUAUUUAGACAGACUUUUUUGCCUUGAGGGUGUUGUUGAGAAAGUUUGCCAGCAUUGUUCAUAUUUGUUUAUUGAAUGACCAGUACCAGAAACCAAAUUUUUUGUUAUGUAUGCUGACGUGAUGCCAGAAAUAUUUACUUUUACCACAAACUAGAUGUUUUCUUGCAAGACUGUGGUAGUGCGGUAUCUAAAAAAUCUAGAUACACUUGCUAUGCUUAUGAAACAGAUGAUGAAACUGUGUUGACUCUGUAGCAUCCAUUUUGUCCAAAGCAAUAUAAAGUAGUGCAUGAAGUUUGUGUGAACAACAUGGGAAAAAAUAUGAAUGCAGUAAACUUUUAGUCGAGAUGUACGGUGGAAAAUGUUAUUACACCUCUAUUAUCCUGUCUGUCUUUUACUCUGAAUUAAAUCUCUUGGGUUCUUCUCUG